GAAAAUUCUUGAAACGAUUAAAUGUUUUCUGAUGAUGUAUCAAAAGAACCGUUUAAAAUCAAUUACUUUCAAUGUACUAUAUUUAUCCCACACUAAGCCCGUAUUACAUAAGCUUAAAAUCCACUUUAGAACGAGUAAAGCUGACCAAGCACUUCAAAUCACGGCAACUUCGACAACUAAUGGGGUCAGACGCGGGGCUAAAAUACCUGAAAUAUGGAGAGAACUCACGAAAAUCUGGACGGCUAUUUGUUUGGGGCGAGAACCACUACGGACAGCUUGGAAUUGGUGGCCAUGGCGGAGCCUCCGGCAAAAAGGGCGGCGGCACCCACAACAGCAACGGGGACAUCGUCACCAAACCCACCUGCGUGAAGGCCUUGAAAACCCUCGGAUUAAGGAUCUGCGACGUCGCCUUCGGCAACCAAUGGGCCGUGAUGCUCACACACUCCAACGAAAUCUUUUUCACGGGUCGCAAUAUCUUUCCCGAGGAUACCCAUGUGGCCCAGCACUUUACAAGCGCUCAAGUUGAUCAGCAGCCAUGCGCCAUCAUCCGCAAGCCUUUUCGUUUGGAAGAGUUCGAUGAUUACCUCUCCAAGAACGAGGAGACGGACAACUUUAUGACAGUCCAAGCGGGCAAGGAGCACUUUGCUGUGCUGACUACCACUGGUCGUUUGAUUGGAUGCGGCUCCAAUGCCCAACUGCAGCUAGGUGAACUGGAGGCAGACUACGAUGGUCAUCCGGUGGAGAUUCGGCUAGAUGCACCGGUGCAGCAGUUUGCCUGCGGACCGGAGUCCACGCUGGUUUUGACCGCCAGUGGGAACCUCUUUCUCACCGGCCACCUGAACGAGUUCGUCUUUCCGCGCUUCACCGAGCUGCAGAAAAAUCUGCCGCCCACCGAGGCAAUCACCUUCAUGCACAUUUCCAAGACCAGCGAAGUGUACAUAGUGACCAAUGCGGGCAGCAUCUAUCGCAGCUUCGAGUCGCUGCGGAACAAAAGUCUGGUCUUCCAACGUUUUUAUGACUACGACUGCGAGGAAAACGGACCCAUCGGGAAGCUCCUUAAGGGAUUCUCCUUCUAUGCGGUUCUUAGUAAGGCCAACAAGUUCUUCACUACGUUCUCGGAGAGCGGCCAUCAUUUGAAGACCUUCCGUGAAAUUUCCAAAUUUAAGAACCUGCGACUAUUGGACAUCGCAGUGGGGGAUCAACACGUUCUGGUGCAGGGCAUUCCGCGCUCCUCGAUGUCGUCUGCAUCUGUAAAUGGAUCGGCUGAAUCACAUCGCUACGUGAGCCGUAGUCUUGCGUUGCAACAGGCGGAUGCAAAUGGAAACAAAGAAGAGGUCAGGACUCACAGCGGAAGAAGCCUGAACAAACAACAGGGCUUGGAGGAAACCGAGGAUCAAUCAAUGGCGACUACUGUGGGAGGCUUGGCAGCAGGAGCCGGUACAGCGGCGGCCAUGGAGGCAGUGAAGCAUUUAAUUAAUGGGGAGAAACAAGAUUUAACGCGUUACCAGGACAUGAAUGCAAAUAUCGAGAGUGGGGAGCUGAUGCUUAAAGAAAACCAGGAGCCAAUGGGUAAUGAUGAAAUGGAUCUAAAUUUAAAUAUUUCUGAAGAAAAAGAAGCUAAUCAAAUUGAGGAGCGGACUAGAUCUGGAAAUAAAAAUGACAGCGGCGCAGAUCAAGAAAAAUCAGAUAGUCCGAAGACAGCUGGAAUGGAGCCAACGGCACCUGUUGAGUCUCCCGUAAUACCAUCGGAUAAAGAAGAAUCAUCAAUAAAACCAAACGAUUCCCCUGUGAAAACAAAAAGCUCACCAGCAAAAACCAAUGAAUCUUCUAUGAAAUCAAACUCAAGUCAACACAACUCUCCUGUCAAGCCCAUGGAACCGAUGCAAAAGCUACCCACUCCUCCUAUACAUACACCCACCCCUCCCAAUUCCCCCACUGAAUCUUUAAGAUCGAAUAGAUCUGCGCACGAUAUGCAACUAGUUGAUCCCAAGACGAAAAUGCCAGGCAGCCAGGAAACGUUUUUGCGCCCACGCACUCCAUAUCCGGAGAGUAGUAAUUCAAGCACACCUCAGACGAUAAAAAAGACACCUAUACGAAACUUUUCAUACGAAUCUGCCAUGAACCAUGACCAUCUGGAGAGGACUUCUCCCGAAUUGGUCUCUAGUCUGGAGACAGUGGAGGAAGUACCUACGGCCAAAAUUCACGUGAACACACCAACACCACCCUCGGAAGACGACGAACACCUGGCCGUGGAAAUAACCACAACAAAGGACUCAACGGACAGCAGCAAAGUGAUCAACGAAAUACGCUUCAUAAACGAUGGAGUGGAUGUGACGUCCAAGGUAGAGGAACAAAUGCCAGACACACCCCUGGAGAGCUCCGUGGAGGAUCUGGAAUCUGAUGGAGAGCAAAUAAUGCAGCAUGUGGUGGAACAAGUUGACAACAUUUUGACAAACUCUGAAGAGUCAGCGUCUAAAGCCGGCGAAGAAGCUUUGGAUGUCAUGGACUCCACGCGUAACUCCAUUCAAACAGCGGUGAGAAAUGCAGCAAAUGAAGCUCGUGAUGCAAUGGAGGCUGUAGGCGAACGAAUGGCUACUGGAGCUCGAGGAGCCGUGGAUACCGUUGGCGGAGCAGUAGGAGCGGCGAGUAAAGGAGCCCAGCGGAUAGCUAGCGAUGCAAUGCAUGCAGUGGAGCAGGCGGGUAGUAAUGCAGUCAAAGCAGCCUCGGAAACCAAGGAUUCUAUGGGCAGGGCCAUGGACUCGGUGACCAGCAAGAUCUCUACCGAAGUACAGGGCGCCAAGGAAAACAUCUCUUCAUUGUUUCAGAUAAAAGCGGCCAGGGAAGCUGAUCCACAGACCACACCAUACUCCACACCUCGCGGCGAAGAUGACUUGUCAUUCAAAGAGGGGGCACCAAAGACGACUACAACGUUGGGUUCCAACGAGGAGGAUGAACGAACAACGGCCUCUGUAAACUCAAACCAUGGCAAUGGGAAUGGCAACAUUUUCGAGCCCAGCAACCCCUUUGAGGAUCCGCUGGAUGCGGUGGUAGAGCGCAGUAAGAAGGCUAUGCAGGAGGACAUACGGGCCAUGCAACUGAGGGCUAAUUCCCAUGUGCAAGCUGUUGCCCAGCAGAAAGAGGAAGACGCUAAGGGAUUUGUGCAGCAGGUGAUGGACAGGCUCUCGUGUCGUAACGAAAAGGCGGUCAGGAUUGAAGAUGAACUGCGCCCGCCGGCUGGAAGUCACAACAAAAACACAAACAAAGUCAACAGCGAGCUGAGCUUAACCAAUGGACAGGCACAUGGCGAUCAGUCGCAGGCGUCGAGGGUCUGCACGAUUUUAUAAAACUUGCACCAGC